GGCAUUGACUCCUCGUGGAGCAGACGGAAAUACGCCACUACACCUGGCGUGUGCCUUCCCAGACCGAGAGGCAUUAGUGACUGUUUUGGUCAAGCACAGCGCAGACUUGAAUCUGGAGAAUGAUGAUGGCAUGACGCCCCUGGACUGCUGCGUUGCGACAUCAAAUGUCACAGCGUGGCGCGUGCUGAAAAAUAUCAGUGGGGGCCAAGCGAAACACAAGAAGUACGAGGCCGAGUACCGUUCCUUACGGUCUGCAAUUUCUUCCAACUGCCUCUUCUUGAUCCGGAAUGUGCACUUGCGGCAGGAAGAUGAUGUGAAAAAGAGCAAGGUUGACCUGGGGGAAAUGCUCCAUCUUGCAGUCAGUUCGGCUGGGGUUGGAGAAGACAUUGUGCACUAUUUGGUCGAUCAGGGGGCCGAUGUCAACUCUAUCAGAGAUGGCUUCAGCGUGCUGGAUGCGUGUUUGGCACGGAAUGGUGUCAGCGAAAGCGUGCUGGGGAAGCAUGCAAAGCUGUGCAAGUACCAGGACUAUUCUUUGUGCACUGCUGCAAAGGAAGGCUUGGCUGGUCUGGCUCGGUACUUGGCAAACACUGCUAGAAAGGGCAGCAAAGAUGGCACGAGACAAAGAGAUGGUGGAUUUUUGCCACUACAUCUUGCCGCAAGCCGUGGACAUGCAGACACUGUCAAGGUGUUGUUGAAGGCAAAUAGCAACGUGCACGAGCAGACUGACGGUGGCUUCACCGCUCUUGAUUUGGCUUGCGAAAGCCUCGCAAAAGCCAGUCCUGGGUCAGAGGUGUAUUCCAGACUUUGCCGCACUAUCGACAUCCUGCUGUCCAGGAAUUGCAAGCUCAAGGAAUUUAGAGGAGAGCAAGAGCUCGACAAAGCCAGACAGCACAUUCAAAAGGCGGGUGCCAAAGAAGGUGGCGACAAGGAAGAACCGAGCAAAGCAGAUGUGCGGAAAGUGGCCAAGAAGAGGCGUGACGAGCAAGACGAGCCCCUGAAGACAGUUGAUAGGGAGGUAAAAGCCAAAGUCGCAGAAGAGGAAAAAAAGACCGAAAGCUACAAGGAAGCAGAGAAAUUGGCAAAAAAAGUAGCAGAAAGUUGUGAAGUGCUUCAAGCGAGCUGGAGAGGUGACGGAGAGAAGCUGCCAGAGUACCUCUCCAGCAAAUACUACCAGAUCCGCAUUGAUGUGCUUCGCCGGAAGAUCCAGGAGAAAGAUCAGCACAUCGAGGAUGCCUUGAAGAAGAUGGACUUCGCGGAAGAGGACUACCUCUGGCUCCUCAGAAAGAAAAUGCGAGAUUUGAGGCUUAAAUAUCAUCCCGACAAAAUCAAUGACCGUCAGCCCACAGAGGAGGACUACAAGUUCUACGAACGUGUCACAAAAGCAUAUGACGUUUUGUCUACGAAGGAGG